UUACGUGAACCGUCAUGGCGUCUCCAGUCGGGAAUUCUCGGUCCCGCCGGCCGACCAAACGUCCUAACAGCCCCGCUGCCGCCACGGCCGGGGGUAAACGGCGCCGCCCGGGAACGCCGUCAGCAGCUGCUGCACCAGCACCUGAAGCACCUGAGGCAGCUGCGGUCACUCAGAACCCGACUACAGCUGCGGCAGCACCUGAAGCCUCACCUGUCAAGAAAUUCGUCUUCAAGGAUCAAAAUUUUGUGCAUUCUGGGAAGGGGGGCGUGUCGGCUGGGAAGAAAACGAAGACGUGGAAGAAUUUGAAACAGAUCCUGGCGAUGGAGAGAACGUUACCAUGGAAACCAGAGGACCCCACCUACAGCAGUUUAGAUGGACCUCCUUCCUUUAAACCAUCUAAAAAAUACUCAGAUCUAUCAGGUUUACCGGCCUCGUACACAGACCCCCACACCAAGAUAAGAUACGCCAACACGGAUGAAUUCUCCAGGAUACGAAUGCUGCCAUCAGACAUUGUGACAGGAUAUCUGGCUCUAAGAAGGGCAAACACGCCUGUGCCUUAGCUUCUGAUGUUCCUGAACAUUUUUUUAGAAAAUAAACAAAACAGAAGUUAUAACAUGUGGCGCCUCCAUUGCUAGAAUAGAGGCAUGUACAUGUACUUAGUGGAUGAAGGUUAGACAUCCAGGUAAUGAGAUGGGAAUUGUUACUAUAGCAACUGGAGA